AUGCGUGCGGGGAGUAGGGAACGCAGGCGUUCACGCGGCUUCAGGUCGUUGCUGAUGGACAAGUACCGGAAGGAGGAUAUCCAGAAGAGUGACGAGGAGAUACGGGUGACGGCCGCUGGCAGCGUGUCUGUGGGCGCGCUCAGGGAAGCGUACGUCUCACGUGCGGCCACGGUGUUCAACGAGCUCAAGAAGCCCUAUGUGAUCGUGCAGGCCACAGGCAACGCCUUGACCAAGGCCGUCACGGCCGCUGAGGCGCAUCAGAUCAUUUUGAUCAAGCUGCUGGGGGAGCAGCAUGGAAUAUCAGAGCAUUGCUAUUCAACAUAG